AUGAAAAGUUUUUUGGCCAAUCGACCAGAUGCACCAAGUCGUUGUACAUUUACUCUUAAUGGUGAUCAAAGUGAAUGUCCACAUAAUCUUGGUUCUAGACAAAAGUCACUUCGGCAAAAAAUCUACAAUAAUGUUCUUGAAUUAAUCGGUGAUACACCACUUGUACGUAUCAAUCGAUUAGUAUGUGAUGCGGGCGUGAAAUGUAAUGUUUUGGCUAAACUUGAAUAUUUGAAUCCUGGUGGUAGUGUUAAAGAUCGAAUUGGUUUACGUAUGAUUGAAGAAGCUGAACGUAAUGGAUCAUUAAAACCUGGCGAUACUAUCAUUGAAUCAACGGCUGGAAAUACAGGCAUUGGAUUAGCAUUAGUCUGUGCGGUGGAUAUACUUCGUGCAUUAGGUACUGAAAUUGUUCGUACACCAAUAAACGCAACAUUUGAUUCACCGGAAUCAGAUAUUGCCGUUGCUCAUCAAUUAAAAACACAAAUUCCUAAUUCACAUAUUCUUGAUCAAUAUCGAAAUCCAUAUAAUCCAAUUGCUCAUUAUGAUACAACAGCUGAAGAAAUACUUGAAGCCUGUAAUGGCGACAUUGCUAUGGUUGUUGCUGGCGCUGGAACGGGUGGAACAUUAACUGGUCUUUCAAGAAAAUUAAAAGAAAGGUGUCCGAAUUGUAUUAUCGUUGGUGUUGAUACAGAAGGUUCAAUAUUAGCUUUACCUGAAGCAAUGAAUAAAAUUGGAAUUACAUUUUAUGAAGUCGAAGGAAUUGGACAUGACUUUAUUCCAACUGUACUCGAUCGAUCAUUAGUUGAUCGUUGGUAUAAAAGUACGGAUAUGAUUUCACUUAAAUAUUCCAGAAAAUUAAUUAAAGAUGAAGGAAUACUUUGUGGUGGUUCAUCAGGUGCAGCUAUGGCAUGUGCUCUACAAGCAUGCAAAGAUUUUAAUCUAACUGAAAAUCAAAAUUGUGUUGUUAUCUUACCAGAUUCUGUUCGAAAUUAUAUGACGAAAUUUUUGAGUGAUGAUUGGAUGUAUGAUCAUGGUUUUCUUGGUAUUAAAGAUAAACCAAGUAAUGAAUGGUGGCAGACAAAAUCUAUAUCAAGUUUACUAAUUCGUGAACCUAUUACAGUAUCAGCAAAUACAACAAUUCAGUCAGUACUUGAUAUAAUGUAUGCGAGAGGUUUUGACCAAAUACCAGUUAUUUCUGAUGAUGGGUAAGAUUUAAAAAAAUGACUCUAAGAAAUCUCUUGGUGAUUUUGACUACGGACCAGAGAUGUUGCCGCUUACACACAUCUCGUCGAUCAUACAUAGACAGUCCUGUAAAAAAACGAUAGAAUCAUCUGUAUGAGCUCAUUUUUUUGCCAGCAUCGAUACGCGAGAGAAGCAAUGUCUAUGUGAUUGUAUUAAGGGAAAAAAAGCGAGACUCCCGUACUCCCUCGUACUCCCUUUGUACUUCCUUGCAUUUCCUUGUGCUUCUCCAUUCUCUUACCUAUAGUCCGAGUUUUAACUGUAAAAUUGAAUGUGUGUUUGUGUGUGAUUCAAGAGAAAAAGUGAGACUUCUAUAACGCGUACUCCCCUUUAGAAAUGCACUGGUUCCAGUUCGGAACUGGAGGAUCGGGUCCACUCGAAUUGGCUGCCUAUGCGCUAUUAUUUCGAGGUACCGUUGGAUGCUCAUGGGGUAUUAUUUAGAGAUAUCCUGUAGGAAUGUACCAGUUCCAGUAGAUUGGGCCCCAGUCUGACUGGAGGCUCAUGGGAUAUUAAUAAGGGUAUCCCUAUUUUUUUCAUGCUUCUCAGAUCUCCACGAUGGCAAGUCUGAUUCAAUUGAAAUUUUUACCACAGAUAGAGGACCCAAAAUGACCAGAUACGUAUUUUUGGAAAAAUUUCUCAGAGCUCGUCUUCAUGGUUUUUGAUCAAAAACUCGGGUUUUCUGUAGGUCCUCACCUUGCCAUUGGAUGAGGGUAGGAGAAGUCGUCCAAUCGAGCUGAAAUUUUUACUGGGAGUACCUAUCGCCAUAUCUCAGAGGUGGUUUUCGCCGUUUUGAAAAACCUUGCUUCGUUUUUUUUCUUAGAAAAAAAAUACGAAAAGGUUUUCCAGAAAUCCUGGUUUUUGACACGAAAAACCAUAUAAAGUCGAAAGGAGGCAUGAGAAUCGAAAACGGCAGAAACUACCUCUAGAGAAUAGCCCAAAGUAUCUGUGGUAAAAAUUUCAGCUCGAUCGGAAAAAAAAGGGAGGUUGUCCGUGGCACAAUUCAGAACUGUGCUCAAAAACAGAUUUUAAGAAAAACGGAAAAUAAGUUUUCGCUAUGUAUUCUGUCAUGGUCGAAAGUCGAAAGUUGAUUUUUUAUUACUAAAUCGGGUAAUUUGUCAUGGAGAAUCCGAUGGUUAUCUCGAGGGUAAAAUUGGACGGAUCCAAAAUGCAUUCAUCAUCACAUUUCACAAGAAAAAUGGAAAAUUCUCUCAGCCAUUCUCUCUGCUGUCAUAAUAAAUCGUCUCGAAACUGCUUGAGAAGACAUUUUUCCGUAUUUUAUUGUGUUCUCCUCUAGCUCUCGCUUCGAUCAGAAGAGAAAUCAUAAUUGAGUCGAAGAAAAAAAAAACUUGUUAGCGCAGCUUCUGCGGAGCUGAAAUGUGGAACUCACGUAUACCUUUAGCUUUGUUACCUGACGCAUCAUCUGUAUACUGAAAGACUUCUCGUCAACUAUAGUUGUUUUCGUUGAGAAUCAAUGAAAAGAGCGGGAAUUUAUUAUUUAUUUGUAUAUU